AUGUUUUCGGGUCUGAUCCGCCAGGUGAGCGCGGUCAAGGCCAAGAUCCCGCUGAUGAACCAGCUGCAUCUCAAUUUUAUUUUGCUACACUAUGUCUACCUCAUCUCCUGGACCAUAAUCGGUUCCAUUCUAAUCUACCCGGGCUCCUCGCUCGCCUAUAUCGAUGCGCUGUUCUUUGCCUCGGGCGCCGCCACCCAGAGCGGCCUCAACACCGUCAACCUCAACGCCAUGUCCACCUAUCAGCAGAUUGUCCUCUACUGCAUAUGUAUGUUGACAACCCCGAUCUUCAUCCACGGCGCCCUAGUCUUCAUCCGUCUGUAUUGGUUCGAGAAGCGUUUCCAGCAUGUCGUCCAGGACGCCCGCGCCGUGCGACGCUCCCGUUCCCGCGGCCGGACCUUCUCCACUAACAAGGAUGCCCCCGAUUAUAACCGCGAGGAGAUGGGCGUCGGCAACCGUGCCAUCGUCGUCUUGCGUAACCGUAACGGUGAGGCCCAGGGCGAGGAGCUGGCCCAUCGCGUUGUCAAGACCACUGACGGCUUCAACUCCCUGCCGGAAUCGCCCGAUGGCAAAGGCGAAAGCAGCCGCAGCUCCGGCGACCAUGACUCCUCCACCCCCCCGGACGGCCGGCCAGCGCUUAGUCUCGCGGGUCUCCGCGUCCCGACCCAGUUGAGCCCCGAGCAUCAUAUCGCCUUCCUCGAGAACCAGCGGCGCAACACCGGCGCCCUGCGCAUCCCCAGUCCGCGGGAAUACGACCGGGGCGGCGUGCCCCAGGCACUCGAGGAGGAUGCCGAUGGCGCAGGCAAUGCAGAGGCCAACCGUACCGGAUCGGCCGAGCAGCACGAAAAAGAGGAGUCCACGCGCCGGUCCGACAGCUCGGACGACGACUCCGCAAACAUUGGGCCGACUGACAACCCGCACAUUACCAUCAACGAACCGGAGCUUCAGCGCUCCCGUACUCGCAUGACCUCCACGUUUCCCCGGGUCGAGAGCCGCCCGACCUUUCGGGAGACCAAGGAUCUCAACGACCCGGCGAUCUUGGGCCGGUCGGGGACGAAUCGACGCCCGACGUUCAGCAACGUCUUCAGCUCGCUGACGCAGGAGAAGGAACGCCCUACCCUGCCGUACCUUAGCUGGAACGCGACCGUAGGCCGCAACUCCAACUUUGUGGAUCUGACGGAGGAACAGCGCGACGAACUGGGUGGUAUCGAGUACCGCGCCUUGAAGACGCUGGCGCUGGUGCUGAUAUGCUACUACGUCUGUUUCCAUAUCUUCGGUAUCAUCAGUCUGAUGCCCUGGAUUCUCACCAAGUCGCACUGGGGGUCGGUCAUCACGGCUGACGGCCAGGGCCGUCCCUGGUGGGCCAUUUUCACCUCCAUGUCCGCUUUCAACGAUCUCGGCUUCACCCUCACCCCGGACUCCAUGAACUCCUUUCAGACGGCCGUCUGGCCCCUUCUCGUCAUGACUUUUCUGAUUAUCAUUGGCAACACGGGGUUCCCCUGUAUGCUGCGCUUCACCAUUUGGGUCAUCUCUACCAUCACACCCAAGGGCAGCUCCCUCUGGGAGGAACUCAAGUUCUUACUCGACCAUCCACGUCGAUGCUUCACGUUAUUGUUUCCACGGAAUGCUACUUGGUGGUUAUUUGCCAUUCUCGUCUUACUGAACGGAAUCGACCUGAUCUUUUUCAUCGUUCUUGAUUUAAAUGAUCCUACCGUCACGUCGAUCGCACCUGGCUACCGAUUCCUCGACGGCCUGUUCCAAGCGGCGUCGACACGAACGGCUGGGUUUGGUGUUGUGGACAUUGGCGACCUCCACCCGGCGAUCCAGGUGUCCUACCUCAUCAUGAUGUACAUCUCCGUGUUCCCCAUUGCGAUUUCGAUGCGACGCACGAACGUGUAUGAGGAGAAGAGCCUGGGUAUCUACUCCGGGGCAGAUGAAGAAGAAGACGAUGAGAGCGAGCACAACAACGCGCCAAGCUAUAUCGGUGCCCACUUGCGCAAACAGCUGAGCUUCGACCUGUGGUAUGUGUUUCUGGGAUUGUUUAUUAUCGCCAUCGCGGAAGGGUCGCGGUUGAUGGACAUGAACGACUACUCCUUCCAGCUGUUUACGGUGCUGUUCGAGGUGGUGUCCGCGUACGGCACAGUCGGCCUGUCAAUGGGAUACCCGGGGGUCGACACCUCCUUCUCGGCACAGUUCAACGUUGUCUCCAAGCUGGUGAUCAUCGCCAUGCAGAUCCGCGGCCGGCACCGCGGGUUGCCGUACGCACUUGACCGAGCGAUCUUGUUGCCGUCCGAGUCGUUGAACACGCAAGAGGCACACACCGCGGAGCGCCGGGGGACGAUGCGUCGCCGGGCGUCGAAUCUCAGCCAGAUGUCGCGCCAGUCACGCCAGUCACAGUCACAGUCACAGCAGCAUCAGCCGCAGCAGCAACAGAUUCCCCCGCAGUAUAACGGCGUUUCCACGGGUUUGGAUACCCAGGACACGCGCGACCAGACGAACCCGAGUGGAAAUGCGCUUUUCCAGCGACACUCGACGUUGCGGUAA